UAUUAUUAACAUGUUAUUACAGGAGGUGUUUUAGAUAUUGAUCCAGUAUUCCGUCGUAGUUACAAACUCACUCACAGGCUAAAAACACGGACCUGUUAAACUCGACUGUUUAACGAGUGAAAACAAACAAAAGCGGUGGGAAAGAUGCCCAAGAGGAAGUCACCUGAGGGAGCGGAGGGGAAAGACUCCACUAAAGUCACAAAGCAGGAGCCCACUCGGAGGUCAGAGCGCCUGUCUUCGAAACCGGCUCCUCCUAAAACCGAGCCCAAACCCAAAAAAGCUGCAGCAAAGAAGGCAUCUGACGACAAAGCGGCGAAAGGAAAGAAGGGCGGAGCCAAAGGGAAGAAGGAGGAGAAAGAGGCGGUGCCCACUGAGAAUGGAGAGACCAAGGCAGAGGGGGAAUCCACUGAGGCCGAGGCAGACGCUAAGGAGUGACUCUAGUUGGUUUUCUGGGGAACGGAAAAGACAUUUUUUUAUUCUUUAUUGAGUAUUUUGUAAGAUGCUAACUUUUUUUAGACUUGUCAUCGUAGAUUUACUUAGCAAGCUCACACUCCCCCCAGAAGUCCCCGUUCUACUCUGUUAUCACCGGAUCGGACAGAUCUGUCGAUGAAAAACAAGAAAACUCUUCUUUUUUCUUUUUUUCUUUUUUCUUUUUUUUCUUUUCUUAAAUGUUUCACCACCAGCAGCAGCCAUAUCAGUUCAUAACUUUAUAGUCAGUCGGAAACCUGCGUCCCUACGUCCCAUCCAGUAACGUAACAACACGUGCUUAAUGUUUGUGCCGUGCUGAAUGAGUCGUCUGGUCAUUCGGGCUCACCAGUUAAGUGUGUAUUCUGAGUCUUCUGGGUUUUUCAAUUAUAAUCACUUGUAUAAUGUACGAUUAUAGUAAUAAUAAUAACAAUAACGUCGCUGAAUGAGAAAGAUUGCGACUAAAAGGGAAAAAAACAAUUGUUUCCAAAUUGUUUUUUUUUUUUUAAUCCUCUUUAUUGGGCGGAUUGGGACUCGGAUUGGGACUCUUUUGAUUUUUUUAUUUUCAAUUUUUUUUUUAUUUUAAAUUUGCUGAGUUAAAUAUGACCCUUAAUGUAAUGGCACAUAACCAUAGCAAUAACCACAGGGUGCUGAGAGUGACGUUCGUUCUGAAACUGAACCUGACAUGCUUCUGGAGAUCCGCCUGCCUGGCUGGUUUGGGAUAUUGUCUGUGAAAAUGUUUUCAAAUAAAACCAUGAAAGAAAAAAAGGU